UAUGCAGGUUUUUGUGUCUAGCUUUGAACCACUCAAUUCCAAAGGAAAUAUCUCCGGUUCACCUCAUUGUUUGAAACUGUUCCAACAACUUGUCAUUUCUAAAACCUUUUAAAUAUAUCUACUCUGCCACUUCUUAUUUUCACACCAUAGUCUUUUCUGAUCGAUUGUAACCGACCAUCUGUUAUUAUAAAAAGAAAAGCUCUGCUUAGCUCCAGAGAGACACAAUAACAAUUUGAAAAUAAUGAACUCUAAGAACCGCAUAAACAAUGUCGGAGAAGAUGUUGAUAUCGAAAUCCCUGACACUGCUCAUCAGAUUAGCAGCGAUUCAUGGUUCCAGGCAGCGUUCGUUCUGACAACAAGUGUAAACAGCGCAUACGUGUUGGGAUAUUCAGGAACAGUCAUGGUUCCUUUAGGAUGGAUUGGUGGUGUGCUUGGUCUUGUUCUUGCUACUGCGAUCUCACUCUAUGCAAACACUCUCAUAGCCAAGCUUCAUGAGUUUGGUGGCAAAAGGCACAUCCGUUAUAGAGACCUCGCAGGUUUCAUUUACGGUAGAAAGGCUUAUCGUCUAACAUGGGCGUUGCAAUAUGUCAAUCUUUUCAUGAUUAAUUGUGGAUUCAUCAUUUUAGCUGGUUCUGCUUUAAAGGCUGUUUAUGUGCUUUUCAGGGAUGAUCAUGCCAUGAAACUACCUCAUUUUAUAGCCAUUGCUGGUCUGAUUUGUGCGGUUUUUGCUAUUGGUAUUCCUCAUUUAUCGGCUCUUGGGAUCUGGCUUGCGGUUUCGACCUUCCUCAGCCUCAUCUAUAUCAUAGUAGCAAUUGUGCUAUCGGUUAAAGACGGAGUCAAAGCACCUUCAAGAGAUUACGAGAUACAAGGAUCAUCAAUUAACAAACUCUUUACCAUCACUGGAGCAGCCGCAACACUAGUUUUCGUAUUCAACACUGGGAUGCUUCCAGAAAUUCAGGCAACAGUAAAGCAACCGGUUGUGAAAAACAUGAUGAAGGCCCUAUACUUUCAAUUCACGGUGGGUCUUCUACCGAUGUUCACGGUUGUAUUCGUCGGAUAUUGGGCUUACGGAUCCUCAACCUCGGCAUAUCUUCUAAACAACGUUAAUGGCCCAGUUUGGGUCAAAGCCCUUGCUAACAUCUCUGCUAUCCUUCAAUCCGUUAUCUCUUUGCACAUUUUUGCAAGUCCAACAUAUGAGUACAUGGAUACAAAGUUUGGGAUCAAAGGAAACCCACUGGCUUUAAAGAACUUGUUGUUUAGGAUCAUGACAAGAGGCGGGUACAUAGCGAUUAGCACACUUCUGUCAGCGCUCUUACCGUUCCUCGGGGACUUCAUGAGCCUCACGGGUGCAGUGAGCACAUUCCCUCUCACAUUCAUUCUAGCCAACCACAUGUACUAUAAGGCUAAGAACAAUAAGCUCAAUCCUUUGCAAAAGUUAUGGCACUGGCUCAACGUUGUCUUCUUCAGUUUGAUGUCUGUUGCUGCUGCCAUUGCAGCUCUUAGGCUCAUUGCCCUUGACUCCAAGAACUUCCAUGUUUUCGCAGAUUUGUAGUAGUUCAUUGUGAUAGCAUCUUAUAUGAAACUUAUAAUUGCAUAUAGUCAUCGUAUUUCUAAGUUUUUAACCUUCAAACACAUAGAUUUCACUAUUUUAUUGGGUAUGCAGGGCUAGCAACUGCAAUAUUUUGAUAAAAGUUUUAGGUACCUCAAUGUUGCUAAGAAAAUAGAUAUAGAAGUAUUUACUAAGGAAUGUAGAUAUUAUGAAUAAGGUAGGAAGUGGUUUAUAUCAUAACUUGGAAACAUCAAUCUCCUAAAAUACAAAAUCAGAAGUCCAGGAGAUAUAUAUUUUCACUCCGAUAUCUAGCAUAUCGCCGGCGAAACAAGAAUCGCGAGUAUUUUUCUUGGAAAGCACCAAGAGUUUAAGUGAAGGAAAGAAAAUUGAUUAGUAACAAAAAAAAAAAA